UCACGUUCACACAUUGGGGAAGAGGCUGGUCUUGCAAUGCCUUUGAAUAUUUUACUUUCGGGCAGUUUCCCAGCAGUCAGCCGCACGCUCCCGGGCUGAGCGGAGGCUCGCCGCGGCCAUGGGCAGCACGGGGAGCCCUGGGCUGUAACCGCAGGCUCCUGGCCACGGGGAUCUGCUCUGAGCUCGCCCAGGCAGGCAGGCAGGCAGCGCUCACACCGCCGGCACAGCCGCCAAGCAGCCACAGCCACCGACACCUCUUCUCUUCUCGCAGGAGAUCCCCGCGCACACUCACACGCAUCUCUCCGAGCCUCCUCUCCUGGCUUCCCGGAGGAUCGUGCCGGCGGCUCCCCAUGGAGAAAGUCCAGGGAGAAAUGGAGAUCGAGAGGUGGGAAAGAAGUGAAGAGAUCUCGGAGGCGGAGAAGAAGGUGAUUCAGGAGACAUGGAGCAGAGUGUACGCGAACUGCGAGGACGUCGGGGUCUCCGUGCUCAUCAGGUUUUUUGUCAACUUCCCCUCGGCCAAGCAGUACUUCAGCCAGUUCAAGCACAUGGACGACACGCUGGAGAUGGAGAGGAGCUUGCAGCUGCGCAAGCACGCCCAGCGGGUCAUGGGGGCCAUUAACACCGUGGUGGAGAACCUCAACGACCCCGAGAAGGUCUCCUCCGUCCUGGCCCUGGUGGGCAAGGCCCACGCCCUCAAGCACAAAGUGGAGCCCGUCUACUUUAAGAAACUCACUGGUGUCCUGCUGGAGGUCAUCUCCGAGGCGUACGGCAACGACUUCACCCCGGAGGCGCACGGCGCCUGGACCAAGAUGCGGACCCUCAUCUACACCCACGUCACGGCGGCGUACAAGGAGGUGGGCUGGGCACCGUACCCCAACGCCACCCUGUGAGGGACAGCGGGCACGGGCGAGGGGCGGGGAGGGGGUCGCUCACUGCCAGGACCCCGCUCUGGUCUCUUCUCCAAGAUCUUUCGCUCGGUCUGGGGAGCCCGGUGGGGCCGGCUCCGGGAGCUGCCAAGUCAUAAUUUGAUCUCUAUAGGGUUUAAAAAAUAAGAAUAAAUCACAACGACAAGCCAAAAAGAACCACGAAGGGUGUGGGAGGGGAGGGGGGGGUCGGGUGAAGCAGGGGUGCGUUGGUUGUGGGCUCCAUCCUCCCAUCCCAGCCUGUCCAUCACCAAAUCCCGCGCUCACCACCGCGUCCCUCGGGCGAGCUGUGCCGAAAGGCAGCACCACGCAGCUCACCGGUGGGCGAAACCAUCCUCAGCCACCCUCGCUUUCCAUGCAAAGCCCCUCGGGGAAACCCAGCUCCUUGCUUUUAUUUUUUUUUGGGGGGGGGACCACCGGCUGCCCUCCCGCCCACCGCGCUUUGCUUUGCCUGCACCGCUCCCCGCAGCCUCGAGGGGUUGCCCCGUACCCUCUGCGUCUCCUUGCCCUCCUCGCCCCCAGCUCCUGGCUGCCCGUUGCAGACCAUCCUGGAGCUGCAGGGAGCAAGGGGACGGAUGGAUGUGCCGCUUGGCCCCGUUAGGAGAGAGAAAAGGGAUGGAUGGGGUGCCUCCGGGUGGGCGCGUGAGCCCGCUCGCCUCCCUGCGGGUCCUGUGGGGACGCUGCUGGUGGCAGGGAUGUGCGUGAGGAUGGGUUUGGGUGGCACGUGUUGUGCCUUGGCUGCUGCCCACAGCCCUGGUAGCUUGUGUGUGUACGUCUGUCUGUCCGGCAGGGACGUGGAGCCAGGGCGAGAAGGGAAAUUUGGGAACUGAGGGAGGGGAAAGAUGAAGUUGGCUGCGGCAGGAGGGGUUCCUGGGGGUGAAGGGAGGUCCCUGCCCUGAUAAAAUCAAAGCUUUUAUGGAAAGAAUAUUCCUGCCCUCUUGGUGAGGCUGGGCUCCUCCAGAUAAAGUGCCUGGUAGGAAUCUGUCCGUGCAGGAGGACCUCGUGGGCCCAGCAGAGCUCCCACCCAUCCCGGCAGAGGGCUCCCCAUGGGGCGGCCCCGUUACCUCCUGCACACACGUGUUAGCUUUAUAGGGUGCCUGGGGGCCAGCUGGGGGGGGUUCAGGGAUGGAGCCUCGGAUUUAGCUAGGAAGCUUUGGCAUCCUUGCCACCUGGUACUUCCCAAAUGCCCCUUACACCGUCACCUGUGUCCCCCAUCUGAGCCUGUGUGGGUGAGCAGCCAGGAAUUCCUGCUCUGCCCGCCCACAGCUGGCCCCUUUCUUCUUUUAAACACCCGCAGGGAAUCCUUUUUGCUUGUGUUUUUUGGGGUGUUUUGCUGCCUGGACAGUGACGUGGCCUGGCCUUUCCCUUAAGAAGCUGGAUGCGAUCUGGAGAGGUCCCUGGGGCUCCUGUGCCUGCCCCUACAGAUGUUUUAGGGUUUUUUCUUCUUCCCUUCUCUGGCUGUACCAGGGUUUUGCUUUGGGGAGGUGGGAGCCCACACAGAGGGGCAAACACCAGCCCUGGAGGCUUCCUCGCAUCCUCUGGGCUCAGUUAUGUGCAGCCUGGAGUUUGUCCCGUUGUCCCCUGGCUUUAGGCAAAGGGGGGGGGAUUUGGGAAGGACCCGGAGCCCCUUGGUUGUGCUCCCGAACCUUCCUGGCACGCUGUCUGUCCUGGGCUGCGAGGGGAGCCAGCAGGAGAGCCUUCGGCCUCUUGGAGAGGCAGAGGGAGGGGGCAGAAAGCUGCCAGGAGGAGGAGGAAGAGGAGGAGGAUUUCCAAGGUCUGCCUGAACCAGGGAGGGACACCCCAGCCUUAGGGAGGUGGGCACGGGGCGAGGAGGGGCACUGCCCCUGGAGCAGGGUCCCUGGUAAUCAGCACCCCUAAAUUUCAGCCCACCAACCUGCACCCCUCGAGGUGCCAGCUCCUUCUGGCUCAGCUCUGAGCAUCCGAGCAGCUGCUUUAGAGGCACCUUCCAACCAUCAGCUGCGCUCGCAGCUGGCCGCUGCCGGGAUCAGACCCCUGCAGAUGGGAAAAGACCUGGUGGGUCGUUGGCUUUGCUCCAGCACAAAGCAGAGAGCGAUGGCUUGGAUUGGGACUGCGAGUUUUCUUCUCUGCAUCACCAGGCUCUCGCAAGUGCAGUUGCACCGACCUCUGCCAGAUCCUCGGGGCCGGCCAGGCGUGUUUUCGCCGAGUUCAGUACUCGCCGUGCUCUGUGGCCAGCAGCCCGUGUGGGGAUGUUUCAUCCUUAGACAAAAGUUCACGUGUUAACCUUUUGGGGUUAAUGUUCUCCAGGCAGAGAUUUUAUUUUUGGGUGGAAACCUUUCCCUCUGCUCGCUCUUCCCUCAACCAAAACUCAGCUCAGCCGUGGCCCUGCGGAAAUCAGAGGAAAUUGCUCCAGCUAGGAAGAAAUGGGGGCGUCUGCUCCGUGGCUGGGCUUAGGGUUGGGGAUGCUCUGCUGAGUGCCCAGGGCCCCUCUCCCUCGGCUCCAGCUGGAUGUGGUUUGAGGGGAGGUGACCGUGGGGAGGCCACCAAGUCCCUGUGUUCACUUCUGACCCACCCGAGUGCCCAGACUUCAGGGUAGCAGCCAGCAGCAGUCAGGUCCCCCCACCUCAAGGCCAUGGACCAGGUGCCUACAGGGACCCUCGUGUCCCUCCCCAGCUUCUGGUGAGACUUUGGGACCCCUGGGGUGGCUCAGGCUGGGGACAGCCCUGUCCCCAAGGGCUUGGACAACUGUCCUUUGGUGUGGCCAGCCCCGGUUAGGGAUGAAGUUAGGUGGGCUUGGGGUCUGAGCCCCAUCCCCACUGGUGCCCCCUGCUCUUCAGACACCACCCCCAGAGCUGCAGGACCUUGGGACAUUGUUUGGUUUCUUAUUUUUCCCCUCCUCUGUUUAGUUUAUUCUUUUUUUUCCCCCUCCAUGCCUAGAAAAACCGGCCCAUGGCUGCAUGUGUGCACGCAUGUGUGUGUCGGGCUUGUUUAUUUUCCAGACAUACUUUUCUAAACCAAAUCCAGAUGCGUGCAGCUGCUGUCCCUCGAGGAUCCACCCCAUCAGCCAAAUUGCGAGCCACUCAAAUAUAUGCAAACAAAACAUGUUUAUUUUUACCAGCUCUGUAGGAAGUAAAAACGAAGUGGGGAAGGUGGCCAGGGCAGAGCUCGCUCGGGGAAGAGACAGAGAUAAAGCGAACGCCCCCGCUCUGCCGCCCUCAGCAAAGCAGCCAUGGCUUAAAUCGGGAAAAUUGUCAUCUGGGGAGAGAUGAAAAUGAACAGAAAAAGGAAAAAAUAUCAUUCCCGAGUGACAGAGGGAUGAAAAAUGCGGUGGGGAAGAGCGGAAAGGGGAGGGCAGGGCUUGGCUCUCCAGCGCGCACACGUGCGCACGCGUGCGCAGCUGCUCGGUGUCACAGCCAGCUGGCAGCUGGUGGCCGUCCUGCGCUCUGGGAAGCGUGGCACCUCGCCUCCCGGGUGCUCCCGUGCCCCCCGUGAGCCUGCCACGCUCAGAGCUGCCCCCCCUGGCACCAGGGCAGGAUGUGGCCCCUCGCUCAUACAGCGGCUCGGUGCCGCUGGCUUAGCCUCAGCGCUGGGCUUGGAGCCGUGAGCCAGUGGGAAAGGUUUGUGCCCCCGCCAGCGGGGGGAAUGCUGAGCUGGAGGGGUGGGAUUUGGCAUCCCCAGGGUGGGAUUUGGCAUCCCCAGGGCAGGAUCUGGCCCCAGGCAUCUCCUCUUGGCUCCCUUUGGGGGCACCCAACUCCCCCCUAAUUUGGCACCGCGUUUGGCGCUCCGUGCCCGAGGCCAGCGGGAGCGUUGGGUUGGGGGUGGGACACAGACCCCGUCCACCCCAUCCCCUCACCACCACGGCUUGUGCACCCAUCGCUGCGUCUCAUUCACACCCACACCUAGAGAGAGAGACUCCGAAUCCACCACCAGAGGCAAGGAGCCCCCGAGGACCUUGAGCCCCCUCCAUCACCUCCCUGCCGGGCCGGGGAGCCCCAUGGGGAGCCCGGCCGCGUCCCUACCCUCGUGCUUCGGGGGGGCUGGGACCCUUCGCUCCCCGGGGCACCUCCCCGGAGACUCCAGGGGGGACCAGAAUUUGGCCACCAGAGCUCAGCCCUGGUGUGCUGGUGCCUGUGCAAGGACAGCUCAGGGCCACUUGCGGCGGCACCAGGAGGGCAGGCGAGGACGGGGACGCCGCCACCGCCCCGCGGGCCGGCUUCGGGAGGGAUAAAGCUGCCCGCCUGGCUCUGAGCCCUUCAGCGGGCUGCGCCGCCAACUAUUCUCCAUAGCUGAAGUUGUCUCUAAUGUUAGUUUGUCCGAAGCCGUCCCCCAGUGACCCACAGACGUGAGCCGGCGCGCUCUGAUGUAGCUCUGUGUCUGUACCGUUACCGAUGCUGCUGCGGAUGCUCUUCAUGUACGUGUUUCUCGGCGCUUCCGUGCUGGUUUUAUACAUGCCGUCUAGUGUAUGAUGGAUGUAACUGUUUUUUUGUUGUUUUUUUUUUUUUUCCUUUUUUGUAGGUUUUUAGUAUGUUUGUAACCAGACAGAAUGGUGUUAUUAAACUGAAACUUGUAUCUUCAGUGGAUAAAUCGAUCAAAAACCC